AUGUCUUCCAAGCGCAGGGCGACCUCGGCCGUCGAGGGCGCCACCAAGGCACUUAUGGCCUCUAGGGCCUCCACUUCAGGGCCAGCGACGCAGCGCGGCGAUAGUAGCGACGACGACUCUCAGGAGCUGAGCAACCAGCCGAACAAACUCAAUAAAGCCAUCGCCGGGGACACUCAGACAUUCGACAUCAGCGCUUUCCCAUACCUACUCCCGCCCAGCAUCGUGGACACAGCCUCGGGCUUCCUCCAGCCCAAGCAGGAGCGAGACUUCACCACCCUCCCGCUAAAGCCCAACUACCACAAUUGGCUGCUGCGGAUCGAUGGUUGGUGGGGGUUUGGGGGGGGGGGGCUCAUCCUCGAGAGCUUCCACCCGCUGGCGCCUCGGGUGCAAGACUUCCUGAUUACGAUUGCCGAAUCAGUACAUCGUAAUGCUCUCGAUCGAUUCCUCAAGAACCAGAUGCCUCCUAAUGUCGUCGAGUACAUUAUGCGCUGUGGCAAGAGCUAUGGCAAGGUGAAGAUGGUGUUGAGGGAUAAAAAGUACUUCGUCGAGACGGCGGAUCUAGAGGGCACCCAAGAAAUUCCCACCACAAGCGCUCCGACCAUGGCCGGACUCACCAUCGCCGGAACGAAGGAGGCUGCCGGUAUGCGCGAGGCCGCAGGGCUAGACAAGAGCAGACUGAAAUGGGACCAGACGGGACAAGAUCCCACGGCAGAGAAGGUAUACGGUGCAUUAGGCGAGGGUGGUGACGAUGGCGGUGAUGACAAAGUCGGUACGGUCGCGCAACGAUGCCUGGCAUUACACUACCCUGCGCUUGAAGAGUACGAUUUUCGAAACGACCACAUCAACGCCAAUCUCGAGAUCGACCUGCGACCGGGAACUCAGAUCCGGCCCUACCAGGAAAAGAGCCUCAGCAAGAUGUUCGGCAACGGUCGCGUCAAGAGUGGCAUCAUUGUUCUGCCCUGCGGAGCCGGCAAACCUCGCGUUGGUGUCACGGCGGCUUACACCAUAAAAAAGGGAGUGGUUGUUCUAGCCACUAGCAACAUGUCGGUGAUACAGUGGAGGAACAAGUUUAUCAAAUGGUCCAAUAUCAACCUAGACAACAUUGCCAUCCUCUCUUCAGACAAAUAG